AGGCUAAAAUAGUGAUUCUAUAUCACACAAAAACCUCUGCUCUUUUUCCCUUUCAUCAAAACGCAGCACUUCGUUGCGUUUUGAAUUCACCGGAAGUUCCAUGAAGAAAUCGCCGCGUUCCGCCGGAAACUCGCCGCCGAACGACGAGAUCGAGUGGGAGAUGAGGCCUAGCGGCAUGUUCGUCCAGAGACGCGAAGUGGGUGUCGAUGAUCGCAACGAUGGACCCAUGAUCAUUAUCAGUGUUGCCUUUGGUUCUUCUCACCAUGAGGUCUUCCUCCCAGCUCAAUCAACUUUCUGGGAUGUUAAGAAACUGCUUGCACACAAAACUGGCUUACAGCCUGAAGAGCAACGACUCUUCUUCAAAGGAAAAGAAACAGAGAAUGAAGAUCAUUUGCACAUGGAAGGUGUGAAGGACAAGUCAAAGCUUUUGCUUUUGGAGGAUGCUGCUAGCAAAGAGAGGAAACUUGAGGAAACUAGAAAACACAAUGAAAUGUUAAAAGCUUCUGAAGCUGUUGCCGGAGUCAGAGCAGAGGUGGACAUGCUCUCUGAGAGGGUUUCCGCCUUGGAAGUGGCUGUGGAUGGAGGGACUAGGGUUUCUGACAAAGAGUUUGUUGUGUCGACAGAGUUGCUUAUGAGGCAAUUGCUGAAACUGGAUGGUAUUGAGGCUGAAGGUGAAGCAAAGUUGCAGAGAAAAACUGAGGUGCGUCGUGUUCAGGAAUUUGUGGAUACGGUAGAUUCUCUAAAGGCAAGAAAUUCCAACCCUUAUAGCCACAUUGGUAAAGCUGUCUCAGUAACAACUCAAUGGGAGACAUUUGACUCUGGAAUGGGAAGCUUGAAUGCCCCAACCUCAACGUCAUCUUCUGCAAAUAUAACUCAAGAUUGGGAACGAUUUGAUUAGCUCAUAAAUUGUUAUGUCACAUUAAAUUAGUACAACACCAUUUUUGGACCUUGUUUCUUCAUUCAAGGUUCAAUUUUUUUUAGUUUGCUUAAAAGACAAAAUAUAUGUAAAACCAUUUGACUGCCUUAGGGGACGGUCUUUGAAGUUUGAACUAGGGACAAGAAAAUGGAGGAGCAUAAUGUGGACACUCCUGCACACAAAUGAUUUGAGUCCAUCCUGUGAAUAACCUUGGGAUACACCACCUCAAAAGCUAGCUCAAGGGGUGGGAGUGCCCAAGGCCUUAUAAAGGCCAUAUUAGUUUUCCAUCCAAUCAAUGUGGGACUAUAUAUCUCAACACGUCCCCUCACGCAAGAGCCCUUUCGGCUAGAAGCGUGGAAAUUGCACAGGCCCAUUUUUGGUU